UCCCGCUAUAAUUGUUCAGUCAGCUGUGCACGUUUCGAAUCGAAUCAAAGAAAGGAAGUUUUAUUGCGUAUCGUAAGCAUUUUUCACGUUAUGGUGAGAAUAUCAUUCUAUUAUUGACGAGUUUAGUGCUUCGGUAUGAUUAAGGGAACAUAUGGUAUAAUUCUACGACAUUUUACGAAGGUAUUUCUUCCGCCAGGCAACCUAACCUAUACGCGAGCAAAGUCGCGGACAUUCGCAACGAUGACAGAAAACAUCAAAAUUGGAACGCACGAUGGUUGCUUUCAUUGUGACGAAGCGCUUGCUUGUUUCCUGUUGAAAUCGCUACCUAGAUAUAAAGAUGCGGUUAUAGUAAGGGAUUUCAAUGAAUCAGUGAGCACGAUAAUAAAGAAGCCAGGCUACGAAUGGACAAUGAGACUGAGUAGCGCUGGUUUGAUUUAUUGCCAUUUUGGCCAUGAAAUUAUCAAGCUGUUGCACCCAGAAGCAAGUGAUAGCGACGUAGAGAUCAUUUUCAAAUAUAUUUAUAAAACGUUUAUUCAAGAGAUUGAUGGUAUAGAUAAUGGAGUACCUAUGUUCAGUGAGGAGCCUCUAUAUCGUAUUGUGACACAUUUGUCUUCUCGGGUUUCAUACUUGAACCCUGUGUGGAACAGCAAGAAUGUUGAUCCUGACAAACAGUUUUUAAAAGCAGUUGAGUUAACUGGUCAAGAAUUUGUACAGCAUGUAAAUUAUGCAGCAAACGUUUGGUUACCAGCCAGGUCUAUUGUUCAAGAAGCUAUUGAGAAACGAUUCGAGGUGGAUCCCAGCGGGGAGAUUGUAGUAUUAUCGCAAGGUCUACCAUGGUCUCAGCAUCUUUUCGAAGUAGAAAAAGAACAGAAUAUACAGCCUCCAUUAAAGUAUGUCAUUUUUGAGGAUGACAAUUUCAGGGUUCGAUGUAUACCUGUAAAUGUUGGAAGUUUUGUAUGCAGGCAGUUCUUGCCAGAAUCUUGGGCAGGUUUACGGGAUGAAGCGCUUGAAAACGCCUGUGGAAUCAAGGGUGCUGUUUUCGUGCAUUCAGUUCGAUUCAUCGGUGGACAUAAAACCAAAGAAGGGGCGAUAAAAAUGGCACGCAAGUCUCUUGAGUUAGGGAAACUCAGCUUGUACGGUUAUUCCCUUUUCACUGGUAAUCAGAUUUUUCAGCAGUUCUUGCGGCUGCUUCAGCAUGCGCUGCAAAAUGAGCUGCUUUCGCUUGUACAACUUCCGGAGUGUCUACUACUCUGCCAUCAGAACCAAGGGGAGCACCGUAUCCAAAUCCAUAAGUGUAAGGUACUGAGGCAUAGGCUAGAGCACCGUACGCGCGUGGGCGGUCAGAUGUGCAGCUUUUGCCUGUGCAACUUCCGGUGUAUCGACGACGCGACCAUCGGCACCUAUCGGUGCACCAGAUGCAGGUGUGUAAACACGAAACACGGCUGGCACAUGAGCGACACCAAUCGUGUUCCUGGCUGCCUCGUACGCCUGAGUGGCAAGAUGCGCAGCUUUCGCCUGUGCCACUUCCGGUGUGUCGAAAACUUUGCCGUCGUAGAUCAACGGCACUCGGAGAUAACCAUAAGGCAGCACUGAGGCCAAGUAUCCUGGCUCGGCGAUUGUCAAGCCGCAGAUUGUAGCCAAGAUGAUUAUAGUUUUCAUGGUUAAUCACGUGGGUGGGAAAUGCGCUGCUGGCCGGUAUGAACGUGAAUUUUCCAACCAGUAUUCGCCCUAAAGUACCGACGGUGAUGU